AUGGCAGCAGUGACAGUCGUGGAGGCUGAGAAUCCGUCGGGAAGCGAAGGCGCCUCCGACGGCUUUACCGGCAUCCACGAACGGGCUUGGGACGAAUCUCAGCUGCGGAGGUAUACGUUCUCCACUAAAGCCAUCCCCAGGCUGUCGCAUGGCGACCCUGCUGCCGAAUUGCUCAUUAACAACGAGGAGCCAGUAGUUCUAACGGACACCAACCUGGUGUAUCCUGCCCUCAAAUGGGACGUGGCGUACCUCCAGGAGAAUAUCGGCAACGGGGACUUCUCUGUCUACGUGGCGGAAAACCAUAAGUUCCUCUACUACGAUGAGAAAAAGAUGGCCAACGUGGAGAACUUUGCCCCCAAGUCACAAAGGCUGGAGAUGAAAUUCUCUGAGUUCGUGGAGAGGAUGCAGCAAGUGCAGCAAAUGGAAGGAGAGGAGAGGGUAUACCUGCAGCAGACGCUCAACGACACAGUAGGAAAGAAAAUAGUAAUGGACUUCCUCGGUUUCAAUUGGAACUGGAUCAACAAGCAACAGGCCAAGAGGAACUGGGGCCAGCUGACAUCUAACCUCCUGCUUAUAGGCAUGGAGGGCAAUGUGACGCCGGCGCAUUACGACGAGCAGCAGAACUUCUUUGCACAAAUCAAAGGCCAUAAAAGGUGUAUUCUCUUCCCUCCAGACCAAUUUGAGUGUCUGUAUCCUUACCCUGUGCACCACCCAUGUGACAGACAGAGUCAAGUUGAUUUUGACAACCCCGACUACAAGAGGUUCCCCAAUUUUAAAAAUGUUGUGGGUUAUGAAACAGUUGUAGGCCCGGGAGAUGUGCUCUACAUCCCCAUGUAUUGGUGGCAUCACAUUGAAUCACUUCUGAGUGGGGGAGUUACAAUUACGGUCAACUUUUGGUACAAAGGGGCACCUACACCCAAGAGGAUAGAAUACCCGCUGCAAGCUCACCAGAAGGUAGCCAUCAUGCGGAACAUCGAAAAGAUGCUGGGAGAGGCGCUCGGGGACCCUCGACAAGUGGGACCGUUGCUCCGAACUAUGAUCACAGGACGCUACGAAGACCCCAACGAAGAGGCGGACCCUUGA